CGAUGAUGAGGACACAGUCGCUGAGCGCUGUCUCCAGCAAGCCGCGGCCGUCCAGCCUGCUCUCGGUCCACUCGCGGCAAGUGAGCGACUCGCAGCUGCCUAUCUCUCCGCGCUCCAAGGCCGGUCUGCGACUGACGCGGUUCUCCGGCUCGCAGCAGAAUAAUGUCAAGGUCGACGUCGUGCCCGAUGCCCAGAUUGAGACUGCCGAGCUGCUCUCCAAGGUCCGCAUGGCGUGGGAGACGACGCCGCUCUCAGUCUUUGUUGUCAAGAAGUGGCAAUCACCCGAGGUCUCGCUCCGGGCGGAGCAGCUCAUCCGAAUCCUCAUCAACAAGUACAGGCUCACCGUCUACGUCGAGCCGGUUGUCAAGAGCUCCGACUACUCCGACUGGGACGGCGUCCAUGCUCUACCGGCCGAAGGUGUCGACGUGGCCACCAUUGUCGACUUUGUUGUCUGCCUCGGCGGCGACGGCACACUCCUGCACUCGACAACCUUUUUCUACAAGUCGGUUCCGCCUAUCCUCUCGUUUGCACUCGGCUCGCUCGGCUUCCUCACACCGUUCUCGUUCCAGCGAGCUGAAAAGGUGCUCAACAAGGUGCUCGAGGGCGGGUUCUUCCUCACCCUCCGCUCGCGGCUUGUUUGCUCCAUCAUCGAGGGCUUUGCCCUCGACGAGCACGACGAACGCAAACCACUCGCUCAAUUCCAGAUCCUCAACGACAUGGUUGUUGACCGCGGGCCUGCCGCUUCGCUUGCCUCGCUCGACAUCUUUUGCGAUCACGACUUUAUUACCAAUGUCCAGGCUGACGGCAUUAUCGUGGCCACCGCCACUGGCUCAACCGCCUACUCGAUGUCGGCCGGUGGCUCCAUUGUCCAUCCGGGUGUACCAUGCAUUCUGCUCACCCCCAUCUGCCCCCACUCGGUCUCGUUCCGCCCCGUCGCUCUCCCGUACUCGUCCACCAUCCGUAUCCGCGUUGCUGAUAACGCGCGCAACACCGCGUGGGCCUCUUUUGACGGUCGCUCCCGCACCGAGCUACUCCACGGCCAGACCCUGCAGUGCUCCGUCUCACCCUGGUCCGUCCCCACCAUCUCCAAGGUCUCCGAGACUGCCGAUUGGCUCGUCUCGCUGCGCCGCAACAUGCAUUGGAACAAGCGGACAAGUCAGAAGCCCAUGGGCCCCGUCAAGUCCAGCCGCACACAGAAGAGCAAGCGUAGGGCUGCGCGCCGCCACACCACAAGUCUGCUCUCCACCUCGCCGCUCUCCACCUCGCCGCCCUCAACCUCGGCCAACGCCUACAGUGCUACAUUUGAUGACGAUGCCGCAUCUGACGCUCGCCCUCACGGCGAUGGCGCUUCUGACAACACUGGGCCGCAAUAAACCUGCAUCUGCUU